GAGAAGACGCGUUGUUUCUCACUGCGCUUCGCUCGUGAUCGCAGUAGUGGUCGCUGUACACUGUGGUCAGUCGUUUUUCUCCCGGGCUUUGGACUGUGUUUUCGCCUCGCCCUAAGAUGACGCACAAGAACGGGAUUUCACCCAUUCGUGUUAUGGUGCUCGGAAGCAGAAGUGUUGGGAAAUCAGCUGUGACAGUGAGGUUCCUGACCAGGAGGUUCAUCAGUGAGUACAGUUCCAUGAAGGACCUGCUCUACAGGCACACGGUCCUUGUUGAUAACCGUCCUUGUGAACUUGAGAUCCUGGACACCUCCAGAUAUCAGGACGACAAACUUCCACAAGACAAGCUCAACUGGGCAGACGCCUUCGUCAUCAUCUACAGCAUCGAAGACCGCUGGAGCUUCGAGGAGGCGUCCCUAUGUCUACGACAGUUGCAGCAUGGCUUCAGUCCUGCCAUACUGGUGGCAAACAAGAGAGAUUUGGCACACGUGCGGCAGGUCGACGUCGACGACGGCCGCGAACUCUCCCUGCAGUGCCACUGCCAGUUUUACGAAGUCUCCGCUGCCGACAGCUACACGGGCGUCAGCAUAGCCUUCCAGAGUGUCCUGCGUGAGGUUCUCGCCGUCAAGAUUCUCAGGUCGCUGCCCAUCAGGCGACGUCUCAGUGUCGUCACUGUCUCCAAAAUGCUGGGUGCCGUCUUCGGCAAGAAUGGAAAGCGACAGAAGAAAAGGCCGUCGUUGUCAUUCUAAGCGGGGUGGUGCAGAGACUGUGAUACCGGGACAGAAACCGUGUGACUUAAUCCGUUACAGGAAUUGAGGGUACAAUGAUGGACAAGCAGAAAUGCGUUUUGGAAACUUUGUGCCAUUGAGGUCUUGUGCGGUGGGGCAUGUUUCCAGUGGAUGCCCUUCGAAUAAUACACGACUUGAAUGGAGGUUUGAGAGGAUGAGAGGAGAUGCUCAGGGGAUUCAGUUGUAAAGGUUCGCUGUCACUGAAGACGAAGACACAGUAUUGAAGAAGAUUUGUAUUCGUGUAGACUACUGCAAACGUCAAUUGAAUCUUCCGCGAAAAUUGUUAAUGCCUGACAGAAAUGAUCACGCAUAUGCGCUCAUGUAUAUCAUAGCAUGCAGUGUCACUGUUGGUACCUAUUUGUGCUUUCCCAGCGAGCGCCCUCCUCCUCAAUGUUCCACACCUUUGCUUUGUGGAUGUCAAGUGCAAAUGGGUCUCAUUGUUAACAUAUAGGUUAUUAAGUGGUCACUGAGGUCGAUAGGAAACGUCAAGUACAGGGUGAGUUGAAAAAAAAAUGUAAGAGAGAGAGCCGCACAGCUCUGUCGAUUGUUUUUUUUUUUUUUUAACUGGCCCUUUAUUUUUGUCGAUUUCAGUGGAUGACCAUAAGCCUUCUGUCUCCAUUGUGUCGAAAAUAAUACCGUUUGUGCUCACAUGCACGUGCACGACAGCGAGGGAAAUAUUCCUGGACGUCAGCUUUCGGAUGAAGUAACAUGAUCGGUACUAAAGAGUAUGAUGAGGAUAUUUUUCUUUUAUUUCCAAUCCAAUCCAAUCCAGUAUGAUGAGGAAAAAUCGUGACACCUGCAGCUUUAUGAAUUGACCUUAAACGGAAUUUUGAUUCCUAUUGUUUUCCCGUGUAACCUAAAUGAGGAAACGUGUAAACUAAAAAAACCUAGGAUUUUCACGUGACAAUUAUUAUUAGUGGUCGUAAAUUGAAUUAUUGAUUAGUGUCAUUGAUAUCCAACGUAAAAACAGGCGCGAUAUAUUUGACCAUUCAUACCAUCAAACCGUACCUUCACUCAUUGUUGCGUCGAAAUUUUUUCUUGUUUAGUCUCAUUAUUUAUGACUUUCAUCCCAAUGUGUGUACAUUUUCUGACGAUAUUGGCAUGGCUACCUUAUCAGGAAGCUCUAGUCGCCCCCCAUCGACAUCCUUCCACUUCAUCUUCUCAGCUGCUGGCAAUAUAUCGGCAAUAUCUGUCCAAUACAUGCUUGUGAGCAGUCUUGUGAGCAACCGUCAUCCCUCAAGCUUCAGUGAUGACUAGUAACUGAAAAAAAAAAAAAAGAGAGAAAAAGAAAAACUGAGAUGACGGUAGUGAGGCUUAGCUACACCAUCGUUGACAUUUAUUUUAUUGAAAAGAGAGAGAGAGAGAGAAAAGACAUUUCGUAGGAACAAACAAUUGACAAUUGGUAGCUUUGAAAAGCGCAUUGUCUGAGUUCAUGAAAACACGAAAAGCACCCAGUUUCUGCUACAAUAAUCUGCAAAUGGCGAAACCAAAGCGCACGUAUACGUCAUAUUUUCUCUCGUUAAUGAGGAUAUACUAAGCUGCGUGAGUUCCUUCAAGGGGUUGUGACAUUUCUACGUGCCAUGGUUUGGGGGAUACAAGCCCUUCAGCAGACUUGGACGUCUAGCUCUAACGUUCGAGGAGCAAGAUGCUCGGGCGUUCCUAUUGGUUCACACUAAGCACGUGACCUCUCCCGAUGUCCAGAGCUGGACGUAUAUUACUCCCUUUUCUAUAAAACUUGGAAUGCAGGUUUAGAUCGACGCGAAAAAGACCGUCUUUUAUAUCUAUCCGGCCUGACUCGAAGUGUCGCAACCCCUUUAAGAAUAAUUCACACCGAACCGACGAGCUAUGCUGCUGUGAAUAUUGCGUGGCACACAUUUAACGAAGCGUGCCAACCUUUGUCUGUGAUAUAUGCAUGAUGUGGAGAGAGAAACACUUUGGAAGUGUUCGAGUGUACGAAUAUUUAUUUAUAACUCAUACGCAGGGCUAUACGCCUGUACGUCGUCCUGUAACGCCAUGUCUAUACUGAACUUCCAUGUGCCAUACGCGAACUAUGUGUUCGGUCUACUGCUACAAUCACCGCCACAGAGGCGUAUAGUUCCUUUCAUUUUUUGAUACCACACUCUGUAUAUUGCUCAUUAUGAUAUCAACAAUAAAAUAUGAAAGGUGUCAUGCAAUGCAUAUA